UCAGUAGAAUGUUUCAUCUUAGAAAUUUAUUCAAAAAUUGGCAUACAUGGCCUCAGUGGUUCGCAGCUUUUGACAUAUUUUUGAUUGCCCUUGUGGUUGGUCUCGAAAAUGGCUGGGCCUCGCCGUCAUUAGCGAAAUUAACAAGUAAUAAUUCAACAUUAUCAAUAAAUGAAUAUCAAGCAUCAUGGAUAGCAUCGUUAUUGAAUACAGGACGCGCAUUUGGUGCAAUAAUAGGAUUCAUAAGUACCGAAUACUUGGGAAGUAAAACAUCACUAAUUUAUAAUGCAUUUGUACAUGGCACCGGUAUGAUGUGUCUACUGUAUGCGUACUCAGUUAAUUGGCUUUAUGCAUCACGUUUUAUCGUUGGUCUUGGCUCAGGAAUGUGGUCAAGUAUAUUUCCAAUUUACGUUGGUGAAAUAUCAAACCCUAAAAUCCGUGGUGCAUUAGUAUGUCUUAUAAUGAUUGGUAUGCCAAUAGGUUUUGUAUUGGGCAAUAUUAUUGGUGCUUACACAGACAUGUGGCUAUUUGGUACAAUUAGUUUGAUACCUAUAUUGUUAUUUUUGAUUUUAUUUAUGUGGUUUCCUAAAACCCCCCACUAUCUUGUAUUGAAUGACCAAAUUGACGACGCAUUGAUAUCCAUUGAAUGGUAUCAACGUGAUGCAAAUGCAAUUAUUGAUCUGAUUUCAAUAAAAAAGUUUGUUGAAGAAAAACGUUGGUUAAAAGCAUCUGACUAUGCUAAGGAUUUGAUGCUACCAUUUAAUCGAAUGGCGUUGAUUAAAGUUAAUAUUAUGCAUUUCUUGUUACAAACAAGUGGAUUUUGUACUAUAGGUUAUUACAUGGAAAUAAUAUUAAUGCAAGCUCAAGUGACAUUGAUGGAUACUGCAUUAAUAGUACCAGCCAUCGCUGGAAUAGGACUAAUAGGUGGAGUUAUAUCGAUAUAUACCUGCGAUAAAUUAGGUCGAAAAGUUUUACUAAGUUGUAGUAGUAUUGGUAUGGCAUUUGGUGUGCUUGGUAUUGGCAUCUAUUUUCAUUUAUUAGAUUCAAACUUUGCUAUUGCGUCAUACGAUUGGAUACCUAUACUGUUGUUUAUAAUUAUAGAAUUUUCCAAUGAUUUGGGAAUUGAUCCAGUAUUGGGUACUAUUAAUAGCGAAAUAUUUUCACCUAAUAUAAAAAUAAUUGCCUGCUGUUUGACUAAUUUUAUGUCAAGUAUAUUUGCAUUCAUCGCGACACAACUUUAUCAAACGCUUGUCGACACAAUGUCCAUACAGUAUGUUUUCUAUUUUUAUUGUAUGAACAUGACAUUAUUAGCUCUAUUUGUAUUGUACUUUUUGCCAGAAACAAAAGGGAAAACGUUGCAAGAAAUUCAAGAUAUGAUGAAAAAAAAAUGAUU